AUGAAGGAACAAUCAAAACUAGCCCAAAUCGAGAAAGAAAUGAUUAGAUAUAAAGUAAAAAUACUUGGAUUGAGUGGGAUAAGGUGGCCAGAUCAGGGAGAAAUAUCAACCUCGAACAAUAACAUCCUCUUAUACUCGGGAAAUCCAGCUGGCGAACAUGGAGUGGGCAUAAUUAUAGAAAAAACGCUCAGAAAGAGCUUAUUGAUAUGGAAACCCGUCUCAAAUAGAAUAAUAUCUGCACGACUCAACUCGAAAGUGAAGAAAAUCACGAUUGUGCAAUGCUACGCACCUACAGAAACCGCAACGGCUGAGGUCAAAGACGAAUUCUAUGAGCAGUUAACAUCAGUACUAAGCUCUGUCCCCAAAUCCGACAUACUACUACUAACGGGGGACUUCAACGCGAAGGUGGGUAGCGUUAAAACUUGGCCAACAAUAGGACUGCGUGGCACUGGCACACGAAACAACAACGGAGAAAGAUUAAGAGAUAUAGCUGAACAACACGGUCUAGUAAUAGGUGGUACAAUAUUCCCACACAAAGAAAUACCCAAAUACACUUGGGUAUCCCCGGAUGGUAGAACGAAAAACCAAAUAGACCAUAUAUGUAUCGCUCAGAGAUGGGUAAAGUCACUAACGGACGUGAGAACUGGGAGGGGACCGGAUGCCAAGAGUGACCACAUGUUCCUAACAGCAGACAUAAAAAUCAAACUAGCAGCCAAAAGAGUCACAGAAGGUAGUAGACUAAAGCGGCUCGACGUUCGCAAGUUGAGAACAGAAGCUACCAAGCAAGAAUUUGUACCAAGUGUCCAGCAGAAAAUUAGCAGACGUCAAAAUUUAAAUCAAAAACUAACACAGGACAUAUAUCGUCAAUCUGGUGAGGAAGUCUUGGGCACCGUUAACCAUCAAAAGAAAGAAUGGAUCUCUGACGAAACAUGGGCUGCUAUAGAACAAAGAAGAAUCAUAAGACAACAGCUUCUGAUAAGUAAUGAUCCGACUUUAAAAGAUUCACAUAGCUCAAUAUGUAGAAAAAUUAAGAAAAUGGCUAGAAAAGAUAAGAGAAAAUUCUACAACGACAUAGCAAGAGAUGCCCAAAUAGCCGCAGAACAGAAUAACGCCCGACUGCUACAUAGAAAAAAAGAUAUUCUCUCAAACAAGAAUCACCGGAAACUAAGACCUAUAAAGGAUAAGAACGGCAGUCUACUCACAUCAACCCAAGAACAGCUGAGAAGAUGGAAGGAUUACUUUGCAGAAACCAACACACAUGUCCAAAAUACAGAACUCGAAGACCAAGAGCCAAAUAUUAGAGAAGAUCCUACCAUUGAAAGAGGGGCACCAACCAUAAGGGAAAUAGUGGAGGCAAUCAAAAAGCUGAACUCAAUAGAACAGAGGGAACUGAUGGCAUUCCUGCAGAGCUGUUUAAAGCAGGAAAAAUUACAGCAGCCAACGCACUGA